AUGUCAUUUAACGGCUUGUAUUAUCCCGCAUAUACAGCAGGCUUUGGCUCAAAGCCCAGAUUUCAAUCCACACAUCCAUUUCGUCAUCUAAUAGCAGCGGGCUCGAAUAUGAAUAAUCAAUGGUCUGGAGCUACUGAUCAAUCGGGUUAUGGUGGGGAUCCCUCCGACUAUGAUUAUAAUUCGGGUCCUUCGGCACAUGUGCCCAGUGGUGGCAGUUAUUCUUAUCAAGCUGCCACCGGUACUGGCUAUGGGCCGCCUGCUGCACCUGCUAUACAUCCUCCCCCUAAAUCAGCUUUAGGAGGUGGUGGUGGUGGCGGCAAAAAGGGUAUUUUUGGCGGAAAUGCUGACAGAAAGAGUUCUUCGACUAUGUCGGCUGUGACCUUGUUGUCAUUUUUAUUUUUCAUUAAUCUUUUGCAAGGUUGCAUCAAAGAUCAUAUGGAUGCUAUGAAUCCCACGGUAAUGGUUAUGACUACCAAUGUUAUACGUAAUCGUUUUAAUAAAAUGGGUGAAAUGAAUUCUAGAGAACAAAGUCCUAGUUAUAGCUCGAAUGCAGCUAAUAUAGUAGUGAAUCCAGCAGAUUUAGUAGCAGCUGCAGCUCAGUUACCCUCAAAAGCACAGUCAACCGGGCCUUCAGUUAAUUUGCAAUCACCCUAUAGCAAUAAUCCGGCUACAUAUAAUAAACCUUUAGAGCAAAACAUACCGGUAGUAUCAUAUCCAGCACAACAGCAGCCUGCUCCACAAUAUAUGCACAAUAACCCAGAACCUGAGGUGCCCAUAAGUUAUGCAAAACCCUCCUAUGAUCCACAUAAACCGGAUCCAUAUGAACAUAUGACACAUUUACCGCCUCCCCAGCAACCUGCUUACUCGUACAACAAUCACACUUUGGUGGCUCAACCUCCACCCUACAAACUGCCACCCUUGGAACAACACUACAACUAUCAUCAUACCGAAUAUAAUGCCCAACCUCCACCCCAACCCUCCAUAAUUAUACCACAAUAUAGCCAAUCGCAAAAUCCAUUUUAUGAACAACAACAUCCUGAAUAUAAUGCCCAACCACCACCCCAACCCUCCAUAAUUAUACCACAAUAUAGCAACUCUCAAAAUCCAUUUUAUGAACAUCAACAUCCUGCUACUUCCAAACCCUAUAAUGAUGAAGCAAUUCCUCAAUAUGGCGGUCCACAAAAUGAGUAUAAUUUUCGUCAAAAACAUGAAAUGCCUGUGCAACAAAAUUCACCAGCUUCCUCGUCUCCUAAUAAUCCAUAUCCCUGGUCUUCAAAUAUGCAGUCCGGUUCGGUGGUAUCAGGACCCUUUCGUCGGGCUUCCAUUAUGGCUGUGUCUCCGAAAACAAAAUGGAUUACGGUACCAGCUAAAAUUACUGAUCGUACACAUUUCGAUGAGCAUGUGGAUGAAGCGGAAGAGGUGAUGGAACAUCAUGAUGAUCGUGAUGUUUUUCGUAGCAGAUUUAAUUGAAAUUUGAGAAAAGU